AUGAAUAGUCAGCUGUUGGCGGAUCAGCAAUUGGCCAAGCUGUAUUUUGUUCAGCGCGCAGCAUACACUUCGAUCGAAGAUGCUUCCGAAGAUAUGAAAAUGGCUUACUCGACCGCCCGGGAGCACAACGACAACGACGAGCUGCAGGGAUGGAUCACCGAGGACGAGUGCCUCAAGAUGGAUGAACAAACACUCACCAAGCGGCACGUGUUUGUGUUUGAAAAGUUCACCGGCACCGCAUUCGAACAUGCGCGUAAAUCGCCCUCGACCGUUAUCGGGCCACGGUGUCUCAUCAGCUGCUUCAUGGACAAUGAAACGAUUCCGCUCGGCGUACAUCCAGUGUAUACGACAGCGAUGCGAAAUCUAACCGUGUGCAGCUCGGGGUUAAAGGCGAAGGAAAAGACCCUCGUCAGCCAGCUGGUGUGCCAUAUGGGCGGGUACUAUCUGGACGUGUUGAAUGCCAGCUGUACGCACCUUGUGUCCUCCACGGUCAAGUCUGUCAAGUAUGAGAAGGCGGCCGAAUGCAAACUGCCCAUAAUGCACCCGGACUGGGUGAGUGCGGUAUGGGAAGAAAGUCAGCGGCGCGAUCUUCACGCGACGGAACCCAACAUCAUCGGGCAGUACCGUUUGCCUGUGUUCUACGCACUAACGAUCACCUCGACCGGUCUGACCGCUGCGAAAAAGAACGAAAUCAAAGCGUUAAUCGAAUCAAACGGAGGAAACUACGUGGGCUCGUUCAAGUCAGAAACAACGGACAUACUGAUUCUGGAGAAAACGGGCACCGAGUCCGCGAAGUUUCGAGGCGCCGUACGAUGCAAUAAGGAAUGUCUCACACCCGAAUGGGUUGUGGACAGCGCUGCCAGCGGAUACGUACUACCGGUUCGAGAGUAUGAAGUGAAAAGCUUGAAAGCCUCUACACCUACGAAAAGGGACGAACCGGCCGUUGGUUCCGGUAACGUGGGCAUUCGCAUGUCCGGUGGUCAAUUCAAUCCCGAUUGUACCCAAUUAUCGGAGAUUUCACAUGCCAACUUUUCCUCGCGAAAUGAAACCAUUAAUGAAAGUAUCAUUAGCGCGGGAGAUGGAAAUCUUCCCGGCGGAACGGUCGUUGCUCGUCUCUGUGGAGCUCAAAGGUACCGGGAGGUACUUGCCCGAAUGACGGUACAGCAGGCCAAGAACGCCGGACAUGUGCUGGACGGUUGCAGCGUUUUUCUGAGCGGUUUCACCGGGGAUGAAAAGGAGAAACUGAACAAAAUCCUUAACUCGGUCGGUGCCGUACGGUACGAUGAGAUAUCGAACGCCAUUAGCCACGUGAUUGUCGGUGAGCAACACGUGUCCGAGCUGGCAAAGUUCCGUGACUCUACGGCCCAUCUGCUCACGGUCGAAUGGUUAGCGAAAUCGAUCGAGCUACGCCAACUGGCCCCGGAAGACGCGAACGAAUAUGCGUUCCAACCGUCCGGAAAAGGGAUUGUGGAUCGUGCACCGGAACCGCCGUCACCGUCGAGCAAGAAAAAUCUCCAGCGCAUGAAUAGUAGCGUUUUUAAGCGACCGGAUGUACCAAAAUUUCGACUCGAAGAUGCAACACCUCCACCUCCAGGACCUAGUAAAGCAUCGCCGGCACAACCGAAACCACCGAGCGAAGUGGACUCCAUUAUGCUGCAGUACAUGGAGAAAAAUAUGGCCGAAAGACUGCCGGUAUCUUCAGGCACGGCGGUGGAACCGAAACCAUCGGCAGGUCCUGGCUCCAUAACUAGCGGCGUGAGCCAGAUGGAUUCGGAGCUGGAAUCGCAGUUUUCGGAAUUUAUGCUGGGCAAGACACUGUUCGUGUUUGGCUUUUCGGAAGAGGACGCCGUGCAGAUACUGUCCGAUUGUAAGGAAUGCGGUGGAACAAUUGUUGACGAAAGCUAUACCGAUGAGGUCGACUAUAUCGUACUGCCAACGACGUGCUUCGGUACGCCGAACUUUGCCGUGCGCGGACGGCACAUUGUAAACUGCAUUUGGCUUGAAACUUCGAUACAGAAUGGUCAGUUCUGCCCGAUGGAGUAUUACUAUGAGCCCAUCAUUUACAUCGAAAAUGAUCCCACUCCGCUGAAAGGUGAAACGGUCGUUAUAAGCUCGUACUCCGGAUCGGAACGAGAUUUUCUAUUCGAGAUGGGCAAGAUACUAGGUGCCUGCGUGCAGGAACGGUUAGUGCGGAAGGCGGCCCCGUUGUUGGUGUGCAAGGAAGCGAGCGGUGCCAAGUACAAUGCCGCCAUUCAAUGGGACUUGACGGUGGUACGUGCGGAAUGGCUGAGGGAGUGCUUUCGGUUGAAAAGUCGUGUAGCGGAAAAUGCAUACCUGGUCGGGGAUGCGAUCUGUUCCGCCAAGAACAUUCCGGUAGGAGCAGUUGGUGGAUGUCUACCUACGACGUCCACCGAUGAUGUAGAUAUUGAUUCAGUACGUGAAGAAGCACACGCACCACCCAGAAUGGACGAGGUAAAGGAUGAAGAACCCUCCAUGCUUCCGCAGGCCUCAUCAACGAUGAAACCACUGGCUAAGCCGACGAAAGUUGGUGACUUUCAGUACAUCACCAGGCAACAAGCGCGCGACGAAACGGAACUGCAGUACGGGUUUAAGCGUCUUACCACGCCACAGCUUAGAAAAAUGACCAACAACGAACGAAUGGUGUACUCGCAGGAGAUGGAUCAGUACGAGGAUCUGAUUAAGGCUGAGCGUGCCCAAAGGAAACCGUUCGAUCCGAACGAAGGAACCAUUGUACCGGGGGCGAUGGAAUCUCCUGCUGGGGAUGUGUUGCGGACACGGCGUUUCACCGCCAUAAGCGAGGAGGAGGGCAGAGGAUCGUCCGCCUCACGAUCGCCAAUUACUCCGGUAGCGGCCGGUGGUUCGAGAGCGAGCAGUACUAACAUUACACCGGUUGGUGGUGAGUACGAAGCAAUGAGCGUAACGCAGCGUGUGAUGGAAUUUGACACACCGAUCCGCACCACACUCUACAAGGUGCUGAAGGAUGCGGAAGAAGCGGAUAGCAAAAUCACGCCCCGAACGCGACGCGUGAAGGAACUGCUGGCUACACCGCAAGCUGGCCCUGGGACGGGGAUGGGUGAUGGGCGCAUUCGUACGCCAACGUUGCCGGAAUGCAUGACGAAACCGGUGACGCCGUAUGGCUUCCGACCGGAUGCUAGUCCCGACAAUCAUGCGUAUCACAAGCGUAAGCUACAGCACUGGGAUCGCUACUACAAAUCGUCCACCAGUUCUACGGCAGAAGGAGCACCGGGUCCAUCGGAUCCGGCUCCGGUUGAAACGGCAUCGCAAAAAGCACGCCGAUUAAGCACACCGAUCAGCGAGAUCAAGCGUCGAUUCUACGUGGAAAAGUUUGGCGAUGAGUACGCGAAUCAUAUACAAUCGAAGUGCACCACUGUACCGCGCCGGAUGCAAGACUUGAACCGUUCCGGAGAAGAAUCUGACCCGGAGGAAGAAAUUGCCAGCACGGCUCCACAACCACGGGAGAAAGAACGUUCUCCUGCCGUUGUUGCGCGUAGCGUUCCGGCGGGUAGAUCACACCAUUCGGCUAACUCAUCGUCCACUUCCCUCUCGAGAGGAUCACUCGAACGGAGCAACACUAGUGCCGAAAAGCGUUCGCGCUCCGAACUGGAGGAGCAGGACGGGGAGGACAAUUUGGACAAAAGCGAUGAAAAUUACGGCAGUCCUGUGGGUGUGCCGCACGAUUCCGAACAGCAGCAACCAACCACGAAGAAGAAACGUUUGCUGAAUGAGGGCCAGGGUGAAGAAAAGGUUCAGCGGUUUAGUAAUGUAAUUGCGGCCGCUAAAGAAUCGGCAAAGAAAAAGGGAAAGUUUCAUCCGCAGCCCGAUACGGAAAUUCCGCCAGACAACUACACCGAGAUGGAUUGUGAUUCGGAAAUUCAUAUAGGCGGUGUGGGGUGGCGUGAGCGUGACAUUGAAAAUAUUCAAGCGAAUGAAGGGACGAAAACACCCAAGGCGAAACUGGGCGAUACGAGUCAGGAUAAGAGCAUCGGGCAGGAAAGUCCGGCUAAGCGUGCCCAGCCAAACGGUAUGACGUACCGCGGUACACCGGUGUUUGCCAUCUCGGGCGUACCGGAGAACGUGCGGUUAGAGUUGGCGAGAAAGAUCGAGCAUCUUAAAGGACAGCUGGCAUCCGAUCCCAACCGGUACGAUCCGAACUGUACGCACAUCCUGUGCGGCAAACCGAACCGGGGUGAAAAGAUGCUGUCCGGUAUAGCGGCUGGCAAGUGGUUACUCUCUACCAAGUAUCUGGACGAUAGUUUUGAAGCUGGCUACUUUUUGGAUGAGGAGAGCUACGAAUGGGGCAAUCCGAAAGCUGUUGGCAAGCUGGCGGCACUAGUUUCGGCGGGCGAUAUGGAAACGGCCGCGGCAGGAUACACGUGGCGCAAGCGCAUUGCCAAAGAUGUGGGCAAACAUGAGGGAGCAUUCACCGGGUACCGUGUGCUGCUGGUCGUACCGAAGAAAGAGCAGUUCGAACGCCUGCUACAGUCCGGUGGUGGAAAUGUGCUGGAUGUGGAUCCACCGUUCAUCAAAUCGGAAUGUGCCAUGUCGGCGACGCACUGUUUCGUGGACCGUAAGAUGAAACUGUCCAGCGAAGAUCAUCGAGCACUGGCGGAGGCCGGCAUUGCGGUACUUUCCAUCAUGUACCUGAACGCGUACCUUACGUCUGCUAGUCUGCCCGAUCCCGUCACCUUUCAGAUUCCGUUGUAA